CGUUUUCAUUUGAUAAACAACAUGGCGACGGGACGGCCGUGUACUCCGUAAACGUGCUAGUUGUUGACAUCAAGGUGGGCAAAUGCAGCUCUUUUUCUCCACGACGCUGCCGAAAACCACCUGGACUUAUGAUGGUAGAUCAAGCGGUAUUAGAUAAUUAUCUCGAUUGCGAUGGCACAGAGCGUAUUCACCGGCACUGGUCGCAGGAUGUCGACCAAAUGGACUUCUUGUUGGACGAAGACACGCACCCGUUUCUACCGCACAGGGUGGACUCCGCUGAAAUCAUCUAUCAGCCGCGGAAGAAAAAGGCGAAAAUGGUCGGCAAAUAUCUCUUUGGCGACGUACUCGGAGAGGGCUCCUAUGGGAAAGUUAAGGAGGUUCUGGAUUCAGAAACCCUUCGUCGGCUGGCCGUGAAAAUCUUGAAGAAAAAGAAGCUUCGAAGGAUCCCAAACGGGGAGCAGAACGUGCAAAGGGAGAUUAGGCUACUUAAGAGAUUAAAGCACAAGAAUGUGAUUGAGCUGGUGGACGUCCUACAUUGUGAGGAGAAGCAGAAGAUGUAUAUAAUUAUGGAGUACUGUGUGGGAGGUUUACAAGAGAUGCUGGAGAACUCACCAGAAAAGAAGUUUCCUCUCUGGCAGUCUCAUGGAUAUUUUGUGCAGCUCGCCAAUGGCCUUGAAUACAUCCACAGCCAGGGCAUCGUACACAAAGACAUCAAACCCAGCAACCUGCUCCUCACCACCUCGGGGACCCUCAAGAUCUCAGAUCUGGGUGUGGCUGAGCUGCUGGACCUGUACUCCGAAGAUGACACAUGUCGGACGAGCCAGGGUUCACCAGCCUUCCAACCCCCGGAGAUUGCUAAUGGACUGGAAUCAUUCUCAGGGUUCAAGGUGGAUGUCUGGUCGUCGGGUAUAACACUGUUCAAUAUCAUCACUGGUACAUUCCCUUUUGAAGGCGACAACAUCUACCGACUGUUUGAGAACAUUGGGAAGGGCCACUUCAAGAUGCCUGAAGACAUCUCGCCGCUUCUUGCCGAUCUGCUCAGUGGCAUGCUGAAGAAAGACCCUGAGGAGAGGCUCAAUACGCAAGGAGUUAGAAAUCACAAAUGGGUACAAAAAACGUAUCCCAGGGAAGGAGAGGGUGUGCCCCUGCCCCCUCUCCCUGACAGCAAUGACCAUGUUCGCCGGAUGACCUGCCUACCUUACCUGGUUGAGAUGUUUGACCCGACGAUAUCGGAAGAUGUAAGUUACGUGGAGGACGAAUACCACGAUGACUACCAGCAAUACAUUGAAGAUACCAGUCGGCCGCACAGCACAGAGUUGCCCGAGGAACAGGCCACCAGAAUUUCAGCGCCAGAACCCAUCAUGCCAGAGGUGGAGGAGAAGAAGAAGAAAUCGUCACGGAAACCAAGGAAGCUGAGUGCCUCCUGCAAGCAGAUGUAGCCGGGUCGGGAGACCACCGAGAGAACAAGGGAGGAGGGGAGGGUGUUUUCCACUUCCCCUUGUUUUACAACCAACUUUUUCAAGAGGAGGCAUCCUCUGGCCACUUCGGGAUAUCUGCUGUCUUCGGAUGAAGAGGUGGUCGCCAAACACCUUGUGUCCCGUUCUGAACGAACUUGACUGAAGUCUAAACAUUCAUGAAAUACAUUUUUAACAGUUGCUGGGCUACGCAUAGAUUUUAUUAUGGCUGACAAAAGCCAUUACAGUCAGUGUUGCAGUACUGGUACUCGAUGUUUGAGUGCAAUUUUUGUACCCAUACUGAUGAAAAUUUGCUUGACUCGGAAACCAAAAACGUUACAUGCUUUUCUUACUAGGAAUUCCUUGCUUGGGAAUUUCCAAAGAAAAAUGGCUAUUUAAGAGGUAUAUUGGUCCGUUUUAAAAAGUGGUACUUUUAAACAUAAGGGGUAUGCAAAGGGGAAUUUGAUAUUUGUGGGAAAAGAUUUCUCUUUUCCUUUUUGGGGUCACAGCUUUUGAAAGUUCUAAGUGCAAAUACAUGUAGGUGCUUUUUGCGUGACAGCUUAGUUUCACAUUCUCAAGCCUGCACCAGGCUCAAGAUGGCAUGCUGGUUUAAGCCAUAAAUUCAUCAAUAUGCAAUGUAAAUACUGUUGCAAUAUAAACUUGCAACAAGGAGUGAAAAAUAAACACAAGGUCACAAAACCCUCACACAAAUUGUGAAUACAAUAUGCCUUUUGUGUGCCAAGUUUUCAUCUUCAUUAAAACUAGGACUGUUCGAGGACAAGCCCUGCACCGGUAUUUUACGUGUAGAGUCCACAAUGCUUGCGAUUUCUACUCUGGUAUGAGAAUAAAGUCUUUUGACUUGGAGUGAAUUUUUGAACCAUCAAAAAUGCUUGGGAAGGUUGGCAUCUUUUUUUUGCAACAACGAAAAAAAAAUCUGUGGUAAAUUUACAUGGCUUUGAUCAGUAGAAUUUUUAGAGAAUGUUUUUCAACAAAGGGUACAUUGAGCCUGUGGUUGUCACCAAAACAAAAGUACCAGCUUGUCCCGUUGUUGGAUGCUGAAGCACACGUCGAAAAGAAAUGUGCUGUUUCAUUUCUGUUCUGUCUCCUAUCAGGAAACACUGUCACGAGGAAUGACCAUUUGCCUUAUCUCAGAACUGAAUGGACUCUCUUUUUUUGACUGGGUUGGCAAAGUACUAAUGUACAUGUAUGGCAAGCAAUGAAAAUUUGCAAGCAAAUGGGUACUUGUCUUCACGAGCUUAGCUGUGUCUGUCAUUCAAAAAUGUACAUGUAUUUCCAGUCUGCCAAGAUUGCAAGCAGUAAGUUUCAUGCUGGUUCAUUGUAUUUGUAACAAUGGUCUCAGAACUGUGUUGCAUUGCCUUUUAAUGAAAAGAGAACCUUUUUGAGAGAACAGUGCGUUCAAGAAGAAGAGAAGAUAUGUCAUUCUUUACGGAAAAUGGAGAGACAUUUCAGUACCCGCAGGUGACAUCUUGGAUCCGGAUUAUUCGGAGUAAUUCUGAUGGGCUGGUAUCAAGUGGCUGUUGCUAUGUGGUUUGACCAAUCACCAUUGAGGAUUCAAAUUUGCUUAAGGUGGAGGUAGCGAGACUACUUGAGAGGUGGUGCCGUAGAGAAAGGAGGGUUCAGUUUUGUUCAUGAUUGUGAAGGGAGAACACAUGAAAUAUCCUAUGAAUUCAUAAGAAAUUUGUGUUUGUCUCUCUUCCGAGAAGAAAUCAAGUCUUUUCCUGUUCUCUCUGCAGAUGUUCUGAAUAAAUCAGUUACAGAGGUCCUGUUUAUCCAAAACGUGUUUGUACUUUAAAAAUGCUGGAAAGGACGUUUUCACCCCCUUCCGUUAGUGGCUUUAUCACUACAAAGAUCCCUUGCUUGUUUGUUGAGCACGUUUAAUGUUCAGUGAAGAAAAAUCCUGUCUAGUGUUGAUAUACAUUUUGUACAUUAUUAUGCAUGAGAAUACUUUGUCUGAUAGUUGUAAAGAUGGAACAUGACUGUAUAAUUGUACAAAUGAAAACUGUAAAUACAUAUAAAAAGGUAAAGAAAGUUGCUGUUUUGAUUUUUACCCGAUGUAAUACCGUUUGUUAACUAAUGAGUUGUGUGCAUUUCCAUUGAUGGAAAUUUGUGUAAAGAUAUGUGAUUGUAUAGGUUUUUUCUUCUCUUUUGUUGUUCAUUUGAGUGGUAUAUGUACGUGUGCAUUUUCAAGAGCAAUGUAUUUGGUGUGUGUAUAUAAUACGGUAAGACAAAAAAUAAGAAAAAUGUUGCUGUUCUAUGUUUGAGAAUUUAGCCCUGUUGUACAAAAACCAUUGCAGAUUGGUACCACCCUUUAUAUUAUAUAUGAUAGGUUUACAAGAGAAAGGAUUUGACUAUUUUUGUGUUUUUAUAUAUGAAAUGUUAAGCUGGAUAUUUGAGUAUGUUGUAGUGUUUAACCUUCUGGAGUUUAGAAAUUGUUUCAAAGCAGUUGGCUGUACCAAACUUGUUGUCCAAGUAUAUGCAUCUACCCAAACAUAGACACUACCAUUCAAAGAAAGUGGGGAUCUGAGAAUCUCUGGAGUCUUUUGGAAGGGCUGCCUUGCACAUGUGCUAUUUGUGGAGGGGGGGGGAGGGGGAACAGACUGUCUUUUAAAAGUCCCCUGCUUGGUGUGAACCAGGGUUUUGGUGUCAAGGUGGCUUGACACGAAGAUGAUGUGCCAUCAUGCCCAACACUUUGCAAAGCUGCUGGCUAGCAGAAGUCAAUGACUGAUAAAAUUUACUUCCCAAAGCUGUCAAGCAAGCAUAUAUGCGUAUUUGGUGGAACCAGCCAUGAGCAAGAUACACUGUGUGCCAUUUUGGUUGGUAACCCACUCGUGUUAAGCAAUUUCUUUGUGUGCUCAGCCUGUUAAUGAAAUUGCUCUGUGUGGUGCACAGUUCACCCAUGAAUUUCACACUAAAAGAUUUCUCAAGACUGUCGAACAGUUGCUGAAAAAAAUUAUCUGUUUUUAAUUUAAUAUUUUAUAGAGACCAAUUUAGAGCUAUAUGAAAAUUGUAAAUGCACCAAGGAUGAUUGCACAUGGAAGCUUCAAAAUACCCUAGCUGCCAAGUGGGAAAUAUUGCAAAACAUUUUGUUAUGCUGACGGGAAAACUUUCAACAGAACGAAAGAAUCAGUAGGCCUUUUUAACACGGCAAAUGGCAGUAAGAGCACCACUUUGUGCAACAGACUAGAUGUAUGCGCAUAUCGUGCAGAAGCACACACAACUACUUUUUCGUCAGAAUGUAAACAAAACAUCGUCGCAUGGGUGCCGGGCACUUGGCACCAAUGCCACUCGGUUGCCUGUUGUCUUUUUCUCACUUUGGAGAGGUGCCUGGUCACUGAGCCUGUUGUAGGUCCACUUCAAUAUAAUCUCCACCAUUGCGAGUUUAAAUACAAGGAAUUUUUUUCGAAGAAGUGCUUAUGUGUAAAUGUUUCUAUUUCAACGGUACUUAUUUUUUUUAACUAAAUGUCAAACUUUGAUCAGAAAAUUCAGAAUUUUUGUUUCAUUUUUUUUGCUUUGAAAUAAUGCAUAUUUUGUUGGAAGUUCAGAGAGUACUUGAUUGCAAUUUUACAAAAAUGAAAGGACAUUUUUUAGAGGUUGAGAGAUCUUGUAUAUCAAAAUGCACACAGUGUAAAUAUCUAUUUCAGAAAGUCAACCCUGUUAUUCCCAUUUUUGAAAGGGAAAAAGUUUUUUUUGUGGCGGGGUUGCUAAACAUGAAAGGGAAAAAAUACGAAAACUAUUUUGAAUGCAAUUACUACAGUUAAGAAAGUAGUAGAAUUCAUGUUACAAAAGAUUUCCUUCUUUAUAUUACUUUGCGUUGCUUCUUGGGAAAUAUUUUCUCCAGUUCCCUGAUACACCCAUGUUGAAGCUCAUACUGGAAAGAAUCACAAAUGUUGGCACCGGGCUUUUUUGGACAGUCCCGGGCAGACUACAGCAUUUAGAAUUAAAGACUUGGCCAAAGGCAUUAGUGUGUGUGUGUGUGUAAAUAUGGGGGUACAUGUACGUACGUGUAAAAAGGGUCUGAAGUGCUCAUAUUGUGUCGGAUAUUUUCUUUGGUUUUGCAUACUAGAGAAACUUUAUUUACUGUUCACAAGCAGCUGUGUAGAAUUUACGUUUUUUUUUGUAACAUGGUGGUUCUGAAUCAAUUCCGACUUAACCAAGGGAAUUUGGGCUUAGACUUAGUCGAAACAAUCUUCAUUGAGGAUGCGGAAAGAAUUUUAAUAGAUCGAUUGCGUCCAGAAAGUCAUUUGAUCUAUAAUGGGUGUCAAACAUCAACAAAUAUGGGUGUCCCCUAUAGCAAAGUUUGUCAUGAGUGUCAUUUAACCCCCCCCCGCAACAGUCGGUAAAGUACUCAGACUACUGAUGUGCUGAGUAAUCGGCUUUAUUUUGGUAAACAACACUUAAAACACACACUGCGAUGGGAGGAUGCCACGUUGGUUGAUAUUUUAUACCCGCUAUAGGUCACGUGACUUAAGGGGCGGAAUCAGUCAAUUAUCGUAAGUUCAGAGUCUGCCACCUAUUUGGUGUCAUGAACUCCACUGGGGAGAAAAGUGCUUGGAAGUAGUGCUGUUGUCAAGUUUCGGUCCAAGUCCCAGGAAUCGCAUUCAGAAAACAGCUCUGAUGCUCAUGGAGAUCCGCAACUUAGAAAAAUGAGCCACAAGACCAGACUCAAGGCCAGUUCUCACUACGGGUGAAUGUGAAAUCAAAGCAAAUUUGAUGUAAUGAAAGAUUUGUAGCAAAAUUUUGCUUGAGUUGAAAUGUGUUCAAGGUUUGCAAAUUGACAGAGCGAAUAGUUGAUAAGACGUCACAAAUCGGCAUUUGUGUUCACUCGCGUGCAAAGUAUGAACUGGCCUGUAAGCAGUGCCUUUGGAUCCAGCCUUGGCCUGAGACUGGACUCCAGGCUGAAAUCGUAAGCACGGACAUUCAUCCAGCCGUAAUCUGGCCAACAAAACCAAAAUGAGACAAUCUAGACCAAAGUUUGGAUAAAAGCACUGUACAUAACACUCCAGCAGCCUUUGGUAAUGGCCCAAGCUUUGUGCUGUCUAUUGUACAAAAAUCACUCGGUUUUGGUGGUUCCAUGCUGGGGGAUGGCUUGGUGCCGUGCCCUGGUUGGUCCAUGCAAUUCUUAAUUUUCCGUGUAAAUAGCGAUGUGGUCAUCCAACAUGUUCGAAAUGGCAGAUUUAGGUUUGUUGAAAGACCCGUGGCUACAGUUGUACACUAACAAGUUACGGUAGAAUACAUGUAUUGUGUAAUGUGUAGGUAAUGGUAGACGCUUGUUCACUAACCAAAACACACCACAUUCCCAAAUAUUGUAACAGGAACCCAAGUGAUUUGUUCUUUAAAAUCCCAGAGCAUAUACACAUUCAAAGUAACCUGUGCGUCAAAUGCAGUACCCACGUAUAUGCAGCAUGUAUAGCUGCCUUGUCUUGGCAUUGUACUGAAACAAGACUGGUUGAAAGUGAAGCGAAGGUAUCUGUACAGUUGGAGCAGUCAAGAAAAUAUUGGUGGGUGAUGCAAAGCAUCAAGUGUGUAUCCUUACGGUGUAGCAUUGUGUGACCUGUUAAUAUGGUGUUCCUGUCACACUGAUUCACUCAGAAGAAAGAAAAAAAAAAGAAA